AGUAAAUGGCAGUUUGACCAAAUGAAAGAUAAUGACGAAAAAAUUGGACAAAGAAAAAUUAUGUGGAGAGAUUGGGAAAAGUUACAGAAACCUGGAAAGUGGCAUAAAAACAUGAUAAAGGACUGGUAUGAUCACCCUCAUAGUCAGGAUGACGCAAUAGCCGAUCUCCUACAAACAAUGAUUGUAUACGAUAAAAACGGAAAACCUCAUAUGCCCAAUGGAAUUCAUCCUUCAAGAAAGAAAUCAGCAAUUGCUGAAGACUUUGAUGGGCAUAUCUAUCCAGAGGAAAAAAAGUACAGGACAACGUCAGAGGAUAAGAGGAAUUUUGCUGAGCGUGACGUGAAAUUCUGGGAAUAUGGGUAUAUUCCAUACUAUGUUGACUCAAGAUUUACUACAAGGCAGAGAAAUAUAGUGAAUAUGGCGUUGAUGGAAUUUGAAGAGAAGACAUGCAUACGUCUUGUCCCUGGUUCGUCCGCCGAUUGGUCAGCUCUUCCACACAAAGACUAUAUCUACUUCACUUACGGAAAAGCAUGUAGCUCCGCUGUAGGCAGAACAGGAAAAGGGCAGCAGGAAAUUGGAUUGAACUCUACAUAUUGUUUUACGAAAAGAACAGUCAUUCAUGAAAUCAUGCAUGCUCUCGGUCAAGUCCACGAACAACAGCGCAAAGACAGAGAUGAACAUGUGAUUAUGCAUUGGGAUCAAAUAAAAGAAGGGAGACAAAACCGGAAUAUGGAGAGGCUACCCCAAGGCUCACAAGACAGGACGCCUUAUGACGUCACAUCUAUUUUGCAAUAUGGAUUAAGAGCAUUUUCGAAAACAGGAUCAAAGACCAUGACUUUAAAGGAUAGAAAAUUGGAAGUCUUAGUAAAAUCUUCGGAAGGUCUAACACAUUUAGACGUAAAGGAAAUUACACUUGCAUAUAGAUGUUCAUCAAGAUGCUCCAACAAACCAUCUUGCCUAAAUGGCGGAUUCGUUGGUAAGAACUGUGAUUGUGUAUGUCCUGAUGGUAUUACCGGAACACUCUGCCAAGGAGUCGAGACUGAUCCAGGUUGUGGUGGAGUUCUUAGGCUUGACUCCGUUGGAUACAGAGAUUUAAAGUCAAUCAACUAUCCUAAUGUUUAUCCUGUUGACAAAGAGUGCACCAUUUUGAUCACGGCACGAAAGGGUUCCAAAAUAAAACUAGAAGUGAUUAAUAAUGAACUUAAUCUGAGAAGAUCUACCAGCAAUUAUUGUUACCAUUGGAUUGAAGUUCGCUACACAUCAACGGAAAUUAUUGGUCCAAAAUUUUGCAAUCCUUUCAGUCCAAUUAUGUCAGAAAAUAACCAAAUGAUGAUACGAUUCAAUAGCAAAUUUUCUAAAGAUUAUCUGCCCUUCAGUGGUCAAAAAUUUUUCUUAAGGGCAAGCACUGGUGGAGGGUCACCAGCAUCUUUCAAUAGAGUCUGCAAUUUCGAUAAAUCAAAUACCUGCUGGAUGAUACAAGCACGGCUAAAGGAGAGUCUUAGCAAAUGGUGGUUGGACCCCCCAGAUGGAGCUAGAAAUACACCUGGUUACGCGUAUAUUGACACCAGAACAACAUUUUUGUUGACCACCCCAAGGAACACAUUUUCUGAUGGGGACUACUGCCUUAAGUUCAGUUAUUAUAUGAAAGGAUCAUCGGUGUUUAUUGGUCUCUUUGACUCUGAAUGGAUCUGGCAUUCUAACAAGUCCACAGAUGGAUAUUGGAUGACAGUAACCGGAAGUUACACUGCAACUAGUUCCUCUGUGCUGCAAAUAUAUGGCGCUCUAAAUUCCACUGGAAUGAUUGCUGUAGACGAAGUAGAGGUGUCACGUGGGAGCUGCAGCAGAUAA